CGUAAUAAGUCAAAGAUGUGAAAAAUGUUCCUGUCGCAUGCCGCGCGGUUGUGAUGAUUCCGAAUCUCUGAAACUUACAAAAUGAACAACUCGAAGCAGUAACAACUUAAAACUUAAUUACAAACCCACAACUAAGCAUGCCUGUGAGAACUACCCCUGUGGAGAGAUGCCAUGAAAAACUGCUCCUGAGACAUCGCACCAGCUACCCGUACCUGAAUUCCGUUGCGCCAUGUGGAACAUUACCAUAGCAAACAUUAUGACAUCACUGAAUAUCUACAACCCCAUAGACUAUUCCUGUCCUGCUAACUGCUCCGGCCAUGGGGCAUGCCUAAAUGGAUCAUGCAUCUGUGUUGUUCAGUUCCAGGGCGGUGAAUGUGACGAGUACAACAAUACCUACUUCAUUGCAUUUGGAUCAGUAUUUUAUCUUCUGUGUUGCGUAUCCACCAUCCAAUUGAUUUUGUGCAUGCGCUCCGAGUUCCAGCGUGCCAAGACGCACUCACUGUCUGCAGCAUGUCGCAUCACAACCCAGAAGACUCUCUACAUCAUGGUAAUACUUGCUACCUUCAGCAGAGGACUCUACUUUACACUAUUGAAAUACAUUCCUAAUCACUGGGCAGCAAACAUCUUGAGCAUGUACUACCCGUUCCUCCUGUCCAGCUGCUCUCUAUGUGUCUGCUUCUGGGCUGAGGCAUUCCACAUCACCAACAAGAGCUACGAACGACCAGGAUCCCUGUCCAAGUCCCUGGUCUACUUCUUGAUCUUCAACGUGUUCCUGUAUGCUGCCCUCAUUGCCCAGUUUGUCGCGUCCGAGAUGGUCCCUGACCGGACCUACCUACUGAAGGUGGUCCAGGGCUUCUUUGGGAGUCUCAUCUUCAUCGAGGUCAUCCUCUUUCUGGCCUAUGGAGUGGAGGUCUAUUUCAAGGUAAAGGGAGCCUUUGCGAAUGCCAGCUCCUCCUUUGACCCCCGAACCUUGCAUCUCUCCCGCUUUGGCCUCCUCUUUCAAGGAACACUCCAGAUCAUCACGGCAUUCUUCCUCAUGAUGAGUGUCACCGAAGCCAAGUGGAAUGAGAGCAUCCCUCUCCUGCAGCGGAACUCAUACGUGAUCGUCUUUCGUAUCGUUGAGCUAGCCAUGGUGAUGUGGUUCCCUUGUGUCCUCUGGAAUUGUAGAAGUCCUGAAAAGCUGUGGAUUUUGAACCCAAAGAGAAUCCUGAGAGAAAACACGGAUGAAGAACAAGUCACACCACCUACUCAGCCGAUCCAGACAGAGCGACGUGAGGAAACAAACCUUUUGAGCUGCAGGAGGAAGCAAGAGCCAUCGACAAGCACAAGCUCUAAUUACCAGAGUACAGAAACCCGUAGCAGAAGUGGCACUGACCCGGAGUGUUGGAUCUGCUACGACCGAGACAACCCUGAUCUUGGCCCCCUCAUCACACCCUGCACCUGUAAAGGAGAUGUAGCGUUUGUCCAUCAUGAAUGUCUCAGAAGAUGGAUGCUAGAACUUGAUGACAGCCCAGAACUCAUCAAAUGUAAAGUCUGCAAGAAUACUUACGACCUGAAGCAGGGCAAAGUUCAUCUGUACCAGGGCCUGAGCUCCAGGGACGCGACCUUCUGCUUCCUGGCCUUCUUUGCCAUGGGAGGGGGACCAGGAGCAGUCUACGCCGUGCUCCAGGCGUACCCCUCCAGCACCAUCAACAUCGUCACCAUAGGCCUGUGCGUGCUCCUCGAGAUGACAUGUCUCAGAUAUCUCGGAUACACCAUUGCAAAUGCCUACAAGAGAGCCAAGAUAUUCUCCUUGAAAAUCAUGGGGAAGACGUCUACAUCCAUCAUCAUGGAGGAAAACGAGGCGUCGACUUCAGGUGAGCUCGAACAGUCGAGCGAGUGCAAGACCCAUGCUGAAGCUAGCAGCUCAAAAUGUGGAGAUCCUAUGUAUGGUGGUGACGAAGGGACAACAAGUGAUGUGUCGGUUGUGGAAGCAGAAAUUUUUGAAGCGAGUCGGACAUUGGAGCAAUGUGAAGUUCAUGAAAUAUAUGACCCGGUCGAGGCAGAGGUCGUGCCACCCCUGCAAGCUGAACGUAGAAUGGAUGUCAAAAUCUGAUAUUUUGGUUGGAAGGGACAAUUUUGCCAUUUAUUUGUGAGCCAUUUCUAUUUGCCAUUCUUUUGUUCUGUUUUCAUAGGUAAAGCAACUCAUGUAUUUUGUGACUUGUAUAGUAUUGAAGGGCACCAAGUGCAAAGUGUAAUUAUUUAAUGUUGUGUUGAUUGUAUUAUUAUGUUGUUAUUACUAUGUAUUUCUGUUAAAACUUAAUGUUCUACUGCUAGGCUUGUCAGCUCGUACUGCACAAGAAUGUGUUAAUGUCAGAUAUCAAUUCUUGUAGUUUGCAUUUUUCAGACAUUGAGGAGAAAGGUGUUUUAUGAUACGUUGCGAGGUCAGAGCUGCCAACCAUUACGUUUUUCACGGAAUGAUUCUGUCUUUUUCUCCAAAUUACGAUAGUACGUUUUUUCUUUAUAAAAUCUUCUUUUUUUUCUUCUUCUUUAAAAAAAAAUAAUUUGUACAUACCUCACGUCAAACAACUGCCCUAAAAUGUUGAUUUGAUCACAAAUUCAAUAGAAAACUUAUGUUAAAACAUACUUGGAAGAGAAAAAUACUGUUAUAAAUAACCAUAGGUCCUAAUAAAUAUGGUAAAGAACAGCAUGAGGAAUGGACAUUUCUGCAUUGGAAGUGUGUCCCGCGUGGUUGUAUUAAAGUUUUGUUUCAAUGAAUUCCUUUUUUUAGCCAUCAUGGUUACUUGUUUGGUCGCACAAGGUUGGCAGCUCUGCUUACCGGUAGUAGAUAGGAAUUCUUUGUUUCAAGUUUUUCAAAAAAUAAAAGAAUAUAUAUAUCUUCGUGGGGCAAAGAUAAGUAGUCAUGAAGAGUUGAUGAAGCAAUAAUGUUCUGUGUUUACAAUGCAAAUGUAGAAUAUAGCUAUGAUUAUGUAAUAAUCAAGCCAAAAUGAACAUUAAGUUAACUUGCAAUGAUUCAACCACCGUUAUUUUACAUCUCAGUAGAUUGUAGAUAGUAAAUGUCAUAUCAAGUUUGCAUUAUUUCUAUAUUACUAACAUUAGAACAUGUAUCUCACAUUAAUGACAUAUAGGAAAUUCAAAGUCGCACCUUGCAUUGUGGAUAAAGACAAUGACUACAAUAACUGUAUUUGGCACACAUGUAUUCCACUUAUAUAUAUUGAACAGUUUUUUAGUUUGCUGAGGCAGUAUUUAUACUGUUUCUUUACCAACUAUGUCUAUAUUGAAGUACGGUAAGUAAAUUAAAAAAAUUUA